CGCCACUGCCGAGGCGCCACUGCCGAGGCGCGCGCAUUCGGCGCCGCCGCCGCAGCGGCGGCCGUCGCUGCCGCGAGCACUCGCUGGUGCCCCUCUUGGCGCGUGGGGCCCCGCUUGCGCCGGCGGCCGCGCCGUGGCUGUCGCACGGCCGCUGCGACAGCUGCAGGGGCGCUGCCGCAGGCCCAGGGAUCUCCCCUGGUGGAGGUGACCAUAGCCACGGAGGAGCCGGCUGCGCUCGCAGAGCUCCUGCUGGGGCUCGGGGCCAGCGCCGCGACGGUGACCCCUGCGGCGGCGGCGGGUGGCGGCGACCCCUCGCUGGAGGUCAUGCGCGCCGCGCCAGGCGACCCUGCGCCGCUGUGGAGGCACAGCGAGGUCACCGCCAUGUUCGACUGCCAGGCGGACCUGGACGAGGUGGCCCGCGCUGUGCAGGAGGCGUUCGAGCUCGAGGCCGCGCCCGAGCUCCGACCCGUGCCCGUCGAGGACAAGGACUGGGUGACGCACGUGCAGCAGCUGUGGGAGCCGCUUCCGCUGGGGAGCCGGUUCGAGGUGAGGCUGCCGUGGCACCCAGGGCCCCCCGGCGGGGAGCCCCUCGAGGCGGGGCGGGUGGGCCUCCGCCUGGAGGGCGGCGCCGCCUUCGGCCUCGGGGACC